CUUAAAAACCAAGAAUCGGUGGUCGGGGGACGGAAACACCAGCAUGGCUGUCUGUUUGACAUUUUAACAUUACUUUUUAACUUUCAAACCGGAAGAUCACGUUUGGGAAACUAACGAUAGUUCCAAGAUGAUCUUCCUCAUGGAUCUCCAGAUGAUGCUCCUGGACGUGCUCUACUACAUUUUGCGCAACUCUCUCCGGGCGGUGCUCCGGCCUCGCACCAAGCCGGUCGACGGGGAGCUGGUGUUGAUCACCGGCGCCGGCGGAGGCCUCGGCCAGCUGUUCGCCCAAGAGUUCAGCAAACACGGCGCGGAGGUGGUCCUCUGGGACACCAACACCGCCUCCAACGAGCGCACGGCCGCGCUGGUGCGUGAGAUGGGCGGGAAAGCGCACACGUACACGGUGGACGUGACCAGCCGCCAAGAGGUGUAUCGUACUGCUGAGAUGGUACGCGAGGACCUGGGGCGGGACGUGACCAUCCUGGUAAACAACGCGGGGGUGGUGGCGGGGAAGCGAAUGCUGGACUGUCCCGACGAGCUGAUCGAGAGGACCAUGAAGGUCAACUGCCAUGCGCUCUUCUGGACAGUGAAGGCAUUCCUCCCUCAGAUGAAGGCCAAUAACCACGGCCACAUCGUGACCGUGGCCAGCGUCCUGGGACUCUUCAGCACGCCCUGCGUUGAGGACUACUGUGCCAGUAAGUUCGCUGCAGUGGGCUUCCAUGAAUCCAUGGCGCAUGAGCUGCUGGCCGAGGAGGUGGACGGGGUGAAGACCACCCUGGUGUGUCCCUACAUCGUGGACACGGGCAUGUUCAAAGGCUGUAAGAUCAGGGACGAGGUGGAGAUGAUCCUGCCCCCACUGGACCCCCAGUACUGUGUGGAGCAGGCCAUGAACGCCAUCCUCAUCGACCAGCCCCUGGUGUGCAUCCCACGGCUCACCUACCUGCCCUUCCUGUCCCGGGCACUGCUGCCUUGGGAAUCCAACGUGGUCACCUACCGCUUCAUGGGUUCAGACAAGUGCAUGUACCCCUUCAUCGACACCAUGAAGAACCGAGAGGCCCCCCUCCCCAUCGCGGCGGAAUAGUCCCAGCGGCGCAGACUCAGCACCUUGUGUUGCCGUAGCAACCAGGCGUCUGAUGGGAGGGCUGGGGACGUGUAAAUGGAACACAUGAGGCCCAGCUAUCUUUGUUCCAUUUGGGUUGGUUUUACCUAGUAUGUGAAGGAUGAGUAUGUAAGGAUGAAGGAGGUUUAUGUAUAUUAAAUAUAUAUAAAAGGGAGGUAUAAGAAAGAAAGAAAAAAGAAAAGUUGCCAAGACCAGUUGAAACAUGAGCAGGUCAGCGGUUCGUGCUGCUAGGGCUGCUCAGCCAAGGAGCCAUAAGCUUAAACACGCACCACGACUGUACCGCCCAUAUUCAAAUCUCUUUGUUACCCAUCAUUGUGUUUGCAGGAGUAGCCUUCACUCCCUUAACGUCUACAUUAUUAUUAUUUAUAUUUGAAUGGGGACAAAUACAGAAACAUAGACAAGCGUGAGACAGUCAUCCGGUGUUUGUAUCAUAGUGUGUCUAGCCAAAGAUAAUUGACGACAUUUGUCCCAAGUGGGGCUUUUGGUUAAAAAUAAAUCAUCCAGAUUGACGUUAUUAAAAUGUCCGAAAAUGGAAAUGAAAUAAAAUAUCUAUCACCAAAAA